CUUACCAUAGUCUGCCACGUGGCAAAUGAAGUUACCUAGAAGACGUGGUGAGCUGUUAUUUGGCUUGGCUCCUUGUUUAGCUGCUCUACAGGCAGCUAGGCGUCGUGUUUAUAGUGUGGUACUUCAAAAAGGAUUUAUGGAAGGAGCAUUUGAGAAGGAUCUAAAAUGGUUGGUGUCAGAAAAUGUGAAGAGAUAUGUCUCGUCGCAUGGUACAAAGUUAUACAGGGUAGAUAAAGAAACAUUGGAGGGCCUCAUUGGCAAGAAACCAUCACAUCAGAGCUGUUACAAAGCUAUAGGGUACAUGUAACAUUGGAAUGGAUGGAUUCCUUUUGCUUCGACAGGAAGCUUUUUAAGGACAAGUCUGGACAAACAUAUUUUUGUAAAAAAAAUUCCAUUCCACGGAUGAUGGCUACUAUACAGCA